AUGGCGACACCGAAACGCAAAGAAAAUUCACCAAAAAAGUCGAAAAAGAUCUAUGAAGCUAAGGACAGUUCAAUUCCAAGUAGGCCAAGAAGAGUUUUUGAGGAAAAUAUGACCAGAUUACAAGAAGUAACUAAUGGUUCAUCUAAUGAGCAAGCUUCUUAUAUGUCUCUGGACGUUUUAGCACAAGUGGCAACUGAUAAAUUAAGAGAUGAUCUUAAAUUGCAGCCAAAAGUAACACCAAAAAAGACACACUUAAACAGCCAUAUUGAACAACUUGCACGAGAGGCAAAUGAUCCAGAAAGACAAUAUAGAUUCAUUUUUACAGCUGAGCCUCUACAUGUCCGAAACAGAAAAUUAUCCAUUAAAGAAGCUGAAAAGGCCAGGAAGAAGAAGUCUAUAUCCACUAAUAACAGCUCAGUCAAUGGAAGCAAUGCCAGUCGUGAUUCAGAAUCAGACGACGAAUAUGAACCAACUGAGGCUGCAAAACCAGUGACAUCUUGUGAACAAAAUGGAAAUAUUGCUGCUGCACAUUGUGGACAAAAACCAUACCCACCUAUGCCAAAAUCAGAAUUAGCUAAAAAAGGGAAAAUGAAUGUUCCUGAAGAAGAGGAACCUUACAGUGAUGAAGCUGAAGAGCUUGCUACAUCCAAGAAAAAAAAGAAAGAUACUGAAAAAUAUGCAAAUGAAUGGGAACGAAAAAUAGCUUUACGCUGUAUUAGAGAACUUAAAAAUCGAAAGAAAGACGAUAAAAUUCCUCUUGUUUGUCAGAUAUGCUGUGAUAAAACAUUCACAGCUAGUGCUACUCUGAUGUAUCAUUAUCGCAGUCAUGCAGGAAUAAAACCAUUCAUAUGUGUUCUUUGCUUGACAACUUUUACAAGACAGCACAGUUUAAAUUAUCAUAUGCUAAUUCAUAACAAUCAAAGUCGUUUCACCUGUGCAGAUUGUGGUAGAAAAUUUAGACAUCCAAGCCACUUCAAGGAACAUCUUCGUCGUCACACUGGAGAAACUCCAUUUACUUGUGCAGACUGCUCACAAAAGUUUAAGACCAGAAAUACAUAUAAACGUCAUUUAAAAACUAGGCAUGGUUCUUGUACUAUAUUUGUUCAUUCAGUUUGCUUCAAUGAUAUGAAUAAAAGCAAUGCUGCUCCAUGUACAACUUGUAAUUCACUGGGGAACUCUCUCUUUUCCUAA